AGGGCUCGUCAGACAUAGAAGGGAGAUAGUAAAUGAAUUUUAAAUAAAAAGCGCUUCGCAAAUGGUAAUCACUCAGUAGCAUCUCGGCUCUUAGCAAUACCGCUUUCAGGACUUCAAGAAAGUCUUCUACACUCGCUAGACUCAAAAUACUCCCCUCCACCACUCAUUCAACCUCUAUCCUGGCUCCUCGCUAUCCCGGUAUAACAAAAUCAAUAGUUCCGGAGAGUCACUCUACUCCACGCCCGGCUCAGGCACGUGCGCUGGCCACCUAGGCCUGGAGACUUUGGUGGGCUGGGCCUGAGGGACCAGGCUCCCUGCCCGGGGCGGGGAAAUCCCGCUCCUUGAGGGCCCCCGUCGCGCGCAGCCUUGUGGGAAUUGUAGUUCUCACAACUUGGAGCGCCGUACGAGGCGCCACAGCAGGACUCGUUUUCCCGCGCUCCUCUGCGCGAGUCCUCUUGGGACAGGUUACUGGACGGGUGAGUAAGUGGAAGAAAACUUGCUCACAGAAAAGUAGUAUCUGCGUCGUCUGUGUUAGUGGAGCACUGACCACCGAGGAGCUAAGGGUUGGCUAUCUGUCCUUCAAGAGCUGGAGGCCAAACUUGGAAUUCAAGUUUAAGGUUCCCUGCAGGGCGAAAGAUGAGGAGCUGACUUCCCCCGGGCCCAGUCUGCAGCCGAAGCGACCGAUCCCGACGCCAGUUAAAAUCCCCAGGGUUUCUGCGGGAAGAUCUUCGCUCCUCCCACCUGUUUUCUCACGCUUCCAAGCGGGGAUACCCUCAGGGUUAGGAGUUGCAGCAGUCUCCACUUGUUCGGGGGUUGGAUGUGUGCGCCCGCCUGUCUCUGCGAACUUGAAGGAGGCCGCUGAGCUCCGACACCCGGGGAGGGCUUGUGCUCGCCCCUUGCAUCCUCGCCGCGGAGAGCUGCCGAGGGGUUACCACCAUGAUCACCGGUGUCUUCCGCAUGCGCGUGUGGGCCCCGGUGGGAGUCCUGACCUCGCUGGCAUACUGCCUCCACCAGCGGAAGGCAGCUUUGGCCGAACCGCAGGAGGCAGACCGCCGGAAUCCUGUCGACCGCAACCUACUAGAGCUGAAAAUGGUGCAGGUCGUGUUUCGACACGGGGCUCGGAGUCCUCUCCAGCCACUCCCUCUGGAGCAGUCACAACAGGUAGAGUGGAACCCCCAGCUAUUAGAGGUCCCAUCUCAAACUCAGUUUGAUUACACAGUCACUGAUCUGGCUGGUGGCCUGAAACCACAUUCUCCUUUCGACUCUGAAUACCAUGAGACCACACUGAAGGGGGGCAUGUUUGCUGGGCAGUUGACUAAGGUGGGCAUGCAGCAGAUGUUUGCCUUGGGAGAGAGGCUAAGGAAGAGCUAUGUGGAGGACAUCCCCUUUCUUUCACCAACCUUCAACCCACUGGAGGUCUCCGUCCGUUCCACUAACAUAAAUCGGAAUCUGGAGUCUACCCGGUGUUUGCUGGCUGGGCUUUUCCAACGUCAGAAAGAAGGCCCCAUCAUCAUCCACACUGAUGAAGCAAGCUCUGAAGUCUUGUACCCCAACUCCCAAAACUGCUGGAGCAUGAGGCAAAGAACCAGAGGCCGGAGGCAGACUGCCUCUUUGCAGCCAGGAAUCUCAGAGGAUCUGAAAAAGGUGAAGGAAGUGAUGGGCAUUGGCAGUAGUGACGGGGUGGACUUCCUCAUCCUCCUGGACAAUGUGGCUGCUGAGCAGGUACACAGCCUCCCAAGCUGCCCUGCACUGAAGAGAUUUGCAUGGAUGAUUGAGCAGAGAGCUGUGGACACAGCCUUGUACAUCCUGCAAAGAGAAGAUAGGGAAAGUAUUCAGCUGGCGGUAGGCCCUUUCCUCCACAUCCUGGAGAACAAUCUCCUGAAAGCCGUGGAUCCUGCCACUCCACCCAGCAAGAUCAGAAAGCUGUACCUCUAUGCAGCUCAUGAUGUGACCCUCAUGCCUCUCUUAAUGGCCCUGGGGAUCUUUGACCACAAAUGGCCACCGUUUGCUGUUGACCUGACCAUGGAACUCUACCAGCACCAGGAAUCCAAGGAGUGGUUUGUGCGGCUCUGUUACCAUGGGGAGGAGCAGGUGCCAGAAGGAUGCCCUGAAGGGCUCUGCCCACUGGACAAGUUCUUGAACACCAUGUCAGCUUACACCUUAAGUCCAGAAAAAUACCACAGACUCUGCUCCCAGGCACAGGUGAUAGAACUUGGGAGUGGAGAGUGACUGAUUUAUAUAAAUAAGAUUUGUCAGUUUUUACAAUAAAAUACCUCUUCACAAUGC